CUUUGUUCCUUCACGCUUUCCUCAUUUUCCUUUCACAGGAAAUAUUCUGCUGACCACUACUUAUCUCAGGUGCCGCCGGAUAACCACCCCAAUGGUACUUCACGAUAUUGCACAGAACCGUGAUACCAUCCAAAUUAGGCAAUAUGACACGAGGGUACUGUCACUUCGACUGGUCUGCAUUGCGUCCACUUGAUUCAAGAACAAAAAAAUGAGCGUCCUAAGAGCAUUCUCUGCGAUGGACAUGUUCAAGUUCAAUAACAUCAACCUGGACAUUUGGACAGAGACGUACGGAAUCAACUUCUAUCUCGACUAUCUCGCUCGCUGGCCGGACUUGUGUUGUGUCCAAGAAGCUCCCAACGGUCGCAUGAUGGGCUAUAGCUUCUGCUCAUAUUCACGGCCCGUAGUCUUGGGAAAGGCGGAGGGAAGCUCCACUGAAUGGCACGGUCAUAUCACCGCCCUUACUGUGGCCCCCGAAUAUCGGCGGUUGUCACUCGCUCGAAACAUGGUCUCCCGUCUCGAGCUCGUGUCCGACCAACACUACAAGGGCUUCUUCGUAGAUCUUUAUGUGAGAUGUAACAACGCUCUCGCUGUAUCCAUUCUAGGCGUGGGGAGAGGUGGCCGAGAUGAAGAAGACGCUUUCGAUAUGCGGAAACCCCUCUCACGAGACCCUCAGCGGCGUUCCGUGCGGGCCUAACGGACGUGAGAUUGUCGUGAGUGCGGGUAGUGUGUCCUGAUCCUGCACUCCCACCUUAGACACAUCCGCCCGCUUCAUGUGUAACUUAUCGAUCUCCACUCAUUUACCCAGUCACAAAAUUAGCUUUCACACAUAUCGACAGUAUGGAAAUAAUUCAUAUGCUUAGCGGGGGCGGUUCGUCAGGGCCUAGAGCUGCAAUUUCCU